GAAGUAUUUCGCGUACAGUGUAUCUUACAUCCUUUCAUCAGGACAAUACUGGCGACGUGAUAAAACAUCGUUCUUGAUAUGGAAUUUAUCCGUAGAAAUUGUUCUCAUACAUAAAGGUUGAUUGUUGUUCCGUAGAUUCGAAAAUUUUGAUCAAUCUUACCUAGGACGAAGCAGCUCAAAUAAUACAAGUUCAAUGAACAUUCUAUCAUCUAGACGCUGAUUAAACAUCAUUUUAUCAUGGGAUUCAUACGGAAAUUAUCUUUUAGUCUAAUUCUGUACAUAAUCGUCACUGCAGUAGAAAGAACUUUGAGCCAAACCAGCAAUGAAAAUGAAAUUACUACAUUACGGCAAAUGAUCGUUUCAAAUGAAACGAUAUAUGUAGGAGGUGUUGGCGGUAUUGUGUCUUGUCAUAGAGAAAACAUGACGGAAAAGGCAUUUGCCAAUAUUAAUUCCAGCGUUUGGUUACUGUUAUAUGAUGAGGAAAAUGAAGAAAUUAUACAGUGUAACCAAAAUAAUAUGAACGUGAGCUAUUGUUCGAAACUGGAUAUAAAUUUGCAGAUUACUGGAAUCGAACGGAGCGAUAUGUUAGUCGAUAUACAAUACCCUCCGACCUACAGUAUGCUCGAUGUCAAAGAAGUAAACACAAGCAUUGUAGUAAUCGGUGCUAACUCUGCAAAAGUACUAAACACAUCGUAUGGAAUUUUGUCUCUUAACUUGACAGAUUUUACCUUGUUCAAUAUUGAACCAUACCGAAAAGGACCAAUGAAUAUUGAACGUGCGGAUGAAGAAAAUUCAACUCUUGUAUUCAAAUCAUCUUUUUAUCAUGCACCACAUGUUUACUUCUUCUUUCAAGUGCAUGUAAAUAACAAAUUUAAAUCUUCAAGAAUAGGCAAACUUUGUCUCAAUUACGAAAACAAAUACAAUAAAUCUGGAUACUACCAUUCCUAUGAAGAUAUGAAUAUUACGUGUAAACACAAUGGAAUGAACUUAACAGUAAUCGAAAAUGUCAUAGAUGAAGGUGAAUUUGUCAUAUUUCUUUUCCUUCAUAACAAUUCUAGUGUCAUCUGUGUACAUUCAUGGGUCGAUAUAGAAAAGGAUUAUAAUGUAUCUAGGAAGUUACAAUUAGUCUGUGGAACCCUUGCUAAGGAAGAUGGAGAAUAUUUCAAACCAGACAUUGAGCGUGGAACCUCUGAAAAUUGCUUUAAAAAUGAAACAUAUUGCGAUAAGGCAAUUGAUAUUUGUAAAGAACUCGAAGGCGACUUUUGUGAUAUGAAACAUUAUCAUACUCUAGUCAGUGGUAAAGGAAUUGACAACAUGGACAACGUCUACGACAUCGACAAAACAAUUACAGCCAUGGAUAUUCUUCAAACUAGUAAUUACUCUGUAUUAUAUUUUGGAACAGUAGAUGGUCUACUUGGCAGGGUCUAUUUACAACUUGGUGGAGAACAUGGAGAACAUGGAGAACAUGGAAACCUUACAACAAAGUUUGUGUCUGUAGCCAAUUCGAAGAUUAUUAAUAUCAAAAUUGAACAGGACAGUGUAUAUUUUAUAACCGAAAAGAAGAUAGGGAAACUGGAUAUCAACAAUUGUUCAAUACAAAAGGACUGUAUGUCAUGUAUGAAUUCCUUUAGUUCAUCAUGUGGAUGGGAUUAUGUUGAAAACAGGUGCAACUUAAAUAAUACAAAUUCAUCGAUGUGGAUUCCAUCAAAGGAAGGAAACUGCAUACGUUUCAGCGACAUACCUCAGCAUGUAAAGAUCGACACUAUGGACAUCACAAUCAUAAUGUUUCAAACAUUCCCUCGUAAACCAGUGGAUGGUAAUGAAAACGUCACAUGUAGAAUAACACGAAGUGAGGGAGGUGGUGAUGACAACGUCACAGAUAGAAGAGAUAGAAAACAGGGGGAUGUUAGCAUAAGCACUAAUGGCAGUUCGUUUUGUCAAAUUGACGUACAAAAUCUAACUACCGGUCGGUAUACAUUUGAAAUAAUGUAUAAGCAAGUUAUUAUGGGAAAUGCCACGAUUGAAUUUUACAAGUGCCAGGAUUUAGAAAUACUUGAGACAUGUAGAAAAUAUUAUGAUUAUUGUGAAAGUUUGGAUCCACUGAAAAUUGAGAUUUUCCCUUCAAGUGGACCAAUAAAUGGAGGGACGUUAAUAACGGUAUUUACGAAUAGCACAAUGAAUAUAGAAAAUGCAACUAUCUCCAUUGCUGAAGUCAAUUGCGAAGUGAAAGAAACAGCAAAUAAUUCAGUUACCUGUAUUACUGGAGAAGUAGCAAACUCAACAAUUGGCAAAAUAAAUAUAUCAGUUCGCAAAGAACCGAUCAAUUUAGAGAAUGAUACAUAUUUUACAUACAAGAAUCCAGAGAUCUACGACUUUUUACCUAGAAAGGGAAUCACAUCUGGAAACACCACCAUAACCAUAACAGGGCAAAACAUUACGUUUGAAGGACCAAACCGAUACAACAUAUCAUUGUGUGAAAAUGACUCAUGUAUAACAUGCAGGUUUUUUCAAAAUGAGCUGUAUAAACUAGAUUUGCAAGAUUCCACAAUAAUGUGCAAAACCGGGAAUUCAACAGGACCUAUCAACUUGACGGAACUGGUAGUUUUUAUCGAUACUAAUACAAAUUUUACACUAAAUGGAACAUUUCAGUAUUUGCCUGACCCAACAUUUGAAUUUGUGAAUGAAACUUUAAAUGCUUUAGAGAGUGGAGGAGCUAAAUUUACUAUUAAUGGUAAUGGUUUCAAUAACGUUGGACAGAUAACUGUUGAAAGAGUAGUCGAGCCUUGUAAAGUUCCUUCUGAUAACCAAGCUUUAUGCCAAAUCCCUGAAAAAGUACCAGAUCAACCAAAUAACCAAACUGUUAUUGUGAAUUUUGACGGAAUAGCACGUGCUUUUGAAAUUAAUUAUGUUGACGAUCCUUCUUUCGAAAGGUUCGAUGGUGUAGUUGAUUAUGACAAGGAAUCUCCAAUCACAAUUAAGGGUAAAAAUAUUUUAAAUGGCGCCCGAUUUGUAGAUUACAAAAUUCAAGUUGGUUUGGACGGAAAAUGCCUGGUAUCUAAAAUAUCAAUGGAAUUUAUCAUUUGUGUUCCACCGAAAAACGUUCCUCGAACAAAUAAAUCAGAAGUAAAUACAGUUCAUAUUAUUGUUGAGGUUGGUAGAAUAGAGGUGUAUAUAGGCGACAUACAGUACCAGGAAGACGUCAAAGUAUUAGCUAUUAUAGUCGGUGUUUUAGCUGCAGCUUUGGCUAUUGCUGUUACCAUUGGAAUACUUACUGUUUUUGUAUUAAAAAAGAAAAAAAGAAAAGCUAUCAAGGAAUUUAAAAUAGAACUUAUGACACGUGAAGAAAUGGUACGAAAAGCUAGCAGAGAAGAAUUCGCAGAUGCUCAGAUGACAAUGAAAAGUAUUAAAUCUGACCUUUUCACGUCAAAGGUACCCUUUUGUGACUACAAGACGUAUGUUCUUCGUCAGCUUUUUCCGAACCAGGAUAUAACAACAAAUCCCUUACUCCACGGUUUAAAGAUAUCGGAUGAAAAAAAAGACGUUACUGAAACUGCGAUUGACAAUUUUAAAAUGUUAUUGUCGAAUAAACUGUUUCUGAAGUCACUAGUCCAAACUAUUGAUCGCCCAAGUAUGCUGACAAUUCAAGAAAAAGCACAUUUUUCAUCCGUUCUGUCAAUUUCAUUGAUGGGAAAUAUGACACUCUUUUUCGAUUUGAUAGAAUGUUUGAUGGUAGACAUAAUUCGGUCAGCUAAUAAAAAGCAACAAAAAGUUUUAUUUAGAAGGUUUGAAUCUAUCACACUGAGAUUGAUGGCAAACUGGUUACAGAUAGGACUUUAUGGACAGUUAACGUCAAAUUGUGGAAUGCAACUGUUCAUGUUGUACAAAGCAGUAAAGACAAUUGUUGAAAUGGCACCAAUAGACGCACUUACAUCUAAUUCAAAGAACACUAUUGCAGAGGAAAAACUACUCAAAAUGAGGAUUGAGCAUCAAUCUUUUACUUUGCAAAUAGAUUUAAAUGGGAAUAGUGACAAGCGUUAUCCUGUGAAAGUUCUCGACUGUGAUACAAUAUCACAAGUGAAACAGAAAUGUUGUGCACAGGUUUAUAAAAAUAAACCUGCUUCGGAAAUACCAAACAAUGAUGAACUUUCUUUAGAGUGGCAAGAAGGGAGGGCUGGAAAACUUACACUCAAUGACAUUGACAACACAAGUGAACGAAACAAUGGAAUGGUAUGUCUGAAUACCUUAAAACAUUAUAUGGUUAAAGACAACAGUAGAAUGGUCCUGAUGUAUAAGCAACGUGACAGCCACACUGUCAACGUGAAUUCAAUAGCGUUUCGAGAUGAAAGUCUCGCGUCAGAGGAUAUUACUUUACUCAUGCCGGAAAAUGUAGAAUGUUCGGAACUAGAAGGCCAGAAAUGGCAUCUGUCAAACUUACCAGAUGGACAGUCUAAUAAAGAUGUAGAUUUUGGUGACAUCUUCCUGAAUAGAUUAUUUCUCACCAAGCUGCUACUUUCGGAGUGCAUAGAUACUACUUUUGAGAAUUUAAUAGAUCCACAAUCAUCUUCAAUACCAAUUCGAUACUUCAUCGGUAUGUUGGAUAAACUUGGAAAACAAUUUGGAGUAGAACAGGAUGUUCUGCAGUCAUGGAAAAAUGAAUGCUAUGCUACAAGAGUUUGGGCUCCACUGAUAGGUAAACCAGGUAUAUUGUUUGAUGUUAUUGUGCCUGCAUACGUGGAACCAUGUAUGGACAUUCUAAGACAAGUUUUUGUGGAAAGUUUUACCCAAACUGCCCACAAAAUCAACAAGGAAUCACCAUCACAGAAGUUAUUGUUCCAUAAAGACAUACCAAGAUACAGAAAGCUUAUUGGUCCUUUUUUCAUCCGCCUGGAACCAGUGACUGAUACUGAAUUCUGGAGUGAAAUGGACGAAAUCUCAGAUAAACAGAAACUAGAACUGAGGUUCAGUCGACAGUCUGCCCUUCAACAGCUGUAUAAUCUAUAUAUUAAGAAAUACAAGACUAAAAUUAUAAAUGAUUUGGAGGAUAUGGAAGAAGCGACAGACCUACAACUCGCAAGUAAACUUGAAGAAGUCAUAAAACUGAUGGAUGAAUCUUCUGCCUCUCGUUAAUUGGUGUACUUCUCGUUAUCACACAGACUGUAAAUAGAUACAGCUUAUUUUUCUUGUCUUUGAAUACGGAUACAAUCAAUACACGAGUUAUAACACAGAAAACAGCAAUGCAGCAAGAAGUUAUUACUCGCAUGGAAGACGUUGUGAAAUAUACAGGAGUAUUUCACAUAAUACUGUUAUUAUUUUAUGACAAUUGUUAUUUCUUUUAUAUUUAUUUGUUAAUGAAUUUACAAACACAAGUUGGGCAAUCCACUUGUAUAAUUGAUCUAAAACAAUGGACAAAGUCAUGUAUGAAUGGUCUGGAUAGGUGCAUUAAAUGGAGAACAAUGGGCUUACAACAAAAACAAUGUGAAAAGUUAUUUUGAAAUACAAAACAAACAAAGAAAUAAAAAAAACAUAUUUAACCUCCUGCUCAUUGUGUAUUUGAUGAGAGAGGUAUUAUUUUAUUCUAAUAAAGGACUUUGAUAAUUUACUCAAAUUAUUAAAAUAGUUUUUACAUCAAUUUUUCAAUUGAUAAAUAUUUGUAUUUAUUAUUUGUAUAUUAUACUAUGUGUACAGCACGUACAUUUAUACAUACUAUAUGUCUUGUAAAUAUUACGAAAGCGGCUUCUUGACCUAAACACUUUCUUAUCUAAAUAAAAUAGUUUUUUGACAUAUUAUCUGAAACUUGGUGUACUUUGCCUUUGCUAAAGUCACUCAAAAUUAUUUUCGUCUUGUCGAGGUUUUCGUUUGUACAUAAAACCACGGUCGUUUUGAGCAUGGUUCUUUGUUUUUUUUCUCCCUGGUGAUUAAAUAAGUUGCUUUUGUUUUUAUUUGAAUGCUAUGAAUUUUCCUUUUAUCAAUAUGUUCUUGCUUCUAUUAAAUAUAUCUUAAAAUGAUAGAACGUGCUGUUCCUCAACUCUUAUUUUCAACUAAAGAGCAAAGGAACAACUCAUACUACUGUCAUUGUAAUUAAAUACCGUUAUUAAUUUGAAAUAUUUUAGAAAUUUUGAUUUAUAAAAAUCAAAAUUUAAAAUCAUAGUAAAGACAGAUUAGUAAAGGGUGCAAUGUAAAAGGCGCGUGUGAAAUUUUUUGUGAUGACAUUUUGUUAUUUAACUUAUAACGUUGUUUUCGACAUCAUUUUUCAAAGUCGACAUGUUGUUUUUCGUUAGGGCAAAUGUCUUUACUGAAUGACACUUUGAAUUUUUUACCUUUUGCAAUUUACACUUACAGUGAUUUUUUAACUUUUAUUGUGUCAAGUACCCAGACCAUAUGAGUUUAUAUACGGACGCUGGAUUGGUUCAGGACAGAUGAACGAAAGAUAAAUGGACCCCCCCCCCCCCUUUCCCCCUUUUAUUAUUUUACUUCAUUAUAUUUUUUUAUCAUACAUUAUGCUUGCUUAUUUUUUAAAUAUUUUUGGUUUUAUGUUCUGAAAUCACUUUAUCUCGUGCACCCACCUGAAGGGUUGAGAAUUGGUCAAAUUUGACAGAUCAACCCUAACAGAUACGAUGUAUAUUACAGUGAAAUUUUCUAUAAGGAAUUUUGCAAAAUCCCUAAAGUUUUGGAAGUUUUGUAUAAUCUGAAUUUAUAGUUAUUGAAUUUAUAAAAUCCCAGAUUUGUUAAAAUUUUUGUACUAGAGAUGUUUAAGAUCACUAGAAUAAUUUUAAACUUUGGUCGAUGAUUCGCUGGUUUAAUUCAAGAAAUUAAGAAAAGACUUAUGAAUCUUAUUAAUGAGUUUAUAAAUUCCCGACAAUUUCAGGUAAAUUACAUAAUUCCAAUCAAUUUAGACUGUGAUAUCAUUACAAUAUCAGUCUUUUUUU